CACCACCACCACUACCACCACCCCCACAUAUACAUACAUACAUACAACUUUUGAAUCUAUUCGCAUCGCCUCUGCAAAACCUGCAGAAAAAGAAGCCUAGGCCACUGUUUCUCUCUCCUACUCUGCGAUUAUUGACUCUGUUCAUCUGCAAAUUUCAUAUUUCUACGUACUUUACUUUUCCAUCUCACACACUACACACACCACUUUUUUUUUUCCUUCGACAAAAUCAUGCUCGAGACGAUUGGCUACCUAAUCGGCACCGCCGGCGCCAGCGGAUUCAGCAGCAAGUCCACUGCCGAGCAAGUCACCGAUCUCUGCCCCGAUCUCCGCCCUAUCACCGCCAUAAUCACUGGAGCGACGUCGGGGAUAGGAGCGGAGACGGCUCGGGUGCUGGCGAAGCGCGGCGCGCGGCUUGUGCUGCCGGCUCGGAGCUUCAAAGCCGCCGAGGAGACGAAGGGGCGCAUUUUAGCCGAGUUCCCCGGCUCCGAAAUCAUAGUCAUGGGGCUCGAUCUCAGCAAACUCGACUCGGUGCGCCGAUUCGUCGCCGAGUUUGAGUCGCUCAAUUUGCCUCUUAAUCUUCUCAUAAAUAAUGCGGGGAAGUUUUCGUACGAUCACGGUGUUACCGAGGAUGGGAUUGAGAUGACUUUUGCCACAAAUUAUUUAGGGCACUUCUUGUUAACGAAGCUACUGCUGAAGAAAAUGAUUGAGACGGCGAAGAGUAGCGGCGUGCAAGGAAGAAUUGUGAACGUGUCUUCGAGUAUUCAUACCUGGUUUUCGGGUGAUAUGAUCCAUUAUCUCGCCUUAAUUACCAAGAAUAAGAGUGAAUACGAUGGGACACGUGCAUAUGCACUCUCGAAGCUGGCUAACGUUUUGCAUACCAAGGAACUUGCCCUCAGGCUCAGGGAAAUGGAAGCCAACGUGACAGCGAAUUGUGUUCACCCUGGCAUCGUCAGGACCAGGCUCACCAGAGACCGUGAAGGCCUAAUUACAGAUUUGGUUUUCUUUUUGGCUUCCAAGCUUUUGAAGACUAUACCUCAGGCAGCUGCGACAUCUUGCUAUGUAGCGACGGAUCCAAGGUUGGAGAAUGUGAAUGGAAAGUAUUUCUCGGAUUGCAAUGAGGCUUCAGCGUCUAAAUUAGGAUCGAGCUCUGCAGAAGCUGCGCGGUUAUGGGCAGCCUCGGAAGCUAUGGUCUCCACGCCGCGGUAGCUUACAAAUUAAUGUAGGAAAUUAAAUGAGAAUGUGAAAAUUAUGAAGGUUAUAUAAUAGGAGGGAUAUGUAUAAGUAGCAUGUGUGUAUAAAUAGUUUUGUUUAUAUAUUUAUUUACCCACCAAAAAGAAGAAAGUUAUACGUAUUGAUUUGAGUAGGUCGGUCAUGUUCGCAGCGUGUAAGCUUAUUUUUGUAAAAUAACGUUACUAUUAGCCAAAUUCAAUGUCAUGAGUGAUGUAAGUGGUUAAAUUCA